CUUCAUAAUGUCACAUUUGAAAUUUUAUUUCCCUUGUUUAAAAGAAAUAAAUAAUAUAUAGGUAUUAUUCGAACUUAAAAGGAAAUCUGAACUUUUAGGCUGGCCACAUCAGAUGUCUAACAAAAACGACCCUCCGAAGAAGAAGGAAAGAAGUGUUUCUAUUCGUCGAGCUCACUCAUGGCUCUGUUGGUUUCGUGUUGUUCGUUUAAAGCUCAAUGAUUUUUUCCCUGUUAUAAUGCUACUACCGUGAAUAGAAAUAUAUAUCUAUAUAUAUAAUAAAAGACAUGUCAGAUCUUUUUAAAUCUGCUAUUGGUUAUUUUUCCAGCAACACACCAAGAGAAGAGCAUGGGUUUGUAGGUGAAGUAGUAGAAAUUGAAAAACAAAAAUUGCGGGUGAAGAGAGUUAUAGCCGAAGGUGGUUUUGGAUAUGUGUUUGUUGCUCAAGAUAUUUCUACUGGUGUGGAGUAUGCAUUAAAGAGGCUUCUAGCAGGUGAUAAUGACACCAGCAAGACUAUUCUUCGAGAAAUUAAAUUUUUGAAAAAACUUUCUGGUCAUCCAAAUAUAAUAAAAUUUUAUAAUGCUGCAUCAAUUGAAAAGGAGCAUUCAGAACAUGGGAAAGCAGAAUAUUUGUUGCUUACAGAACUUUGCACUGGUGGUCCACUGGUUGAUGCAAUCAAUGCACGACAAAGUCCUUUAUCUUGUGCACAAGUCAUCCAAAUCUUUUAUCAGACAUGUUCUGCAGUUCAACAUAUGCAUUCUCAGAAGCCACCAAUUAUUCAUAGGGAUUUAAAAAUUGAAAAUUUGUUAAUUGGUACAGAUAAGAAAAUUAAAUUAUGUGAUUUUGGCAGUGCUACUACAAAAUCAUAUUCUCCUGAUAAUACAUGGACAGCUAUUCAAAGAAGUUUAGUUGAAGAUGAAAUGUGUAAAAACACUACUCCUAUGUACAGGCCACCAGAAAUUUUAGAUACCUAUAAUAAUUAUCCAAUUAAUGAGGCAAUGGAUAUAUGGGAUUUAGGAUGCAUUUUGUUUCUGCUUUGCUUUAGAGAACAUCCAUUUGAAGAUUCUGCUAAAUUGCGCAUAUUAAAUGCUAAAUAUAACAUUCCAGCACACGUCACAGAUUAUGAAGUCUUGCAUGAUUUAAUAU